CCUAGCCGUAAAGCUUUAUGCUGCCAUACGGCGUUUCAGCGUAUGUCUGGAAGUAUGGUCUAUUUUUUUCUUGUUUAUUUGAUCUGGGAGGUUCGAUCCUCGGGCAAUUGGCACUGUCUUUUUUAUAACUUGUCAGUACUUUUUAUGGCUUAACUUUUUUUUCCUUCCACUUCAAUUUAGGUACAUUUUAGAAUAUAAACUCUUAAGAAAUACGGUAAACUAUAGUAAAAGAUUCGGAUGUAUAAUGCAUCACAAUUCAUUUACAUAUGGUCACCCUGUGUUUAUUUUUUUCGGUCAUCCUGUGCUCAUUUUGACUGUGACCCCAGUCUCUUUCUUAUGUCGAUGUUUACGAAACGAAAGUUUCUUUCCAUAAAUGAACAGCAGUAGUGUGGAACCGAUGGAGACUGAACCGAUAUUUUCACCAAUAGGUACAAAAGAGGAAUUGGCAUUAGAUCAAGCUGCCGUUUUUCUCGAAGAUGCCAUCAGCUACAGGUCAAUACAUCACAAGAUUGACAGGCGAUCAUUACGAAUCUACCGAUUUUAUUACAGCGCUCCUGUCAGAUGGGGCUUGAUAUUGGUCAUUUUUGUUGAUUUGAUGCUUGCAUUUUUGGAAACACCAUCUUCCUUAACGGUAUCGUCUGAUCCAAGAUAUAUGUCUCCACGACCCGAAGUCCCAUGUGGCAUCCUUGAAACCAUUGAGCUUUUAUGUCUUUCCUGUUUUGUGUUUGAUGUGGUAAUCAAGACCCAUGUAAUUGGCAAACGUCAAUUCUUCAAGAAUCGCUGGCUGCUUUCCUAUAUGCUUGUUCUUGGCAUUUCCUUUGCGGAUGUUUUCGUCAGCUUAAGCUACAACUGUGGUGAGGUUGUUCGAAUUCGGCGGAUUCUUAGACCAUUCUUUCUCCUGCAGAACUCCUCUCUGAUGAAAAAGCUGUUAAGGGCAAUAAAAAGGACUCUGCCAGAGAUUAUGAGCGUCCUGUUUCUGCUGUUUCUUCACAUCGUUUUCUUUACUUCAUUUGGGAUGCUCCUCUUUCCAAGAGAAUCUUGGACGUCAAGGAAUCAAACAGAUGUGCUUUCAGAAUGUCGGGAGUCAAACACCGAGAGUGGUUCAAUAUGCGAGGGAGCAAAGUUCUUCCCAAAUCUACAGACGUCAAUGCGAAGCCUUUUUGUGCUGCUGACCACAGCGAAUAACCCGGAUGUCAUGAUGCCCGCUUAUAUGAAAAACAGAUUCUACGCAAUUUAUUUUAUUGUCUACAGCGGCAUUGGACUUUAUUGCUUUCUUAACAUGCUAACUGCAGUGAUCUACAAUCAGUUCAGAGGAUACUUAAUGACGUCUCUGCAGUCAAGUUUAUUCCGCAGGAGACUCGCCGUGCGAGCUGCAUUUGAAGUACUUAACCGUCUGUCAGAAUCGAAAGAAAACGUCAGCGCGGACAGUGUAAGCAGCAACAGCCUCUACAGGGUGUUGGAAAAAGUUCACGUGAAACGCCGCAACCAACAGCUACUUAGAGAGGGGCUGGAUGACUUACCAAGUGGUCACGUGACGGUGGAGGAGUUCCAGAGCUGGUUUGAGGCAAUCGAGAAGCCGCGCAGGCGCAACAGACCCGCUAUGAGUUACGUCACGAAUCCGUUGCUGAGGAAACUACAGGUGGUUGUCGCCCACCAUUGGUUUGAUUACUUUGGGGAUUUCAUCUCUGCUGUCAAUGUCGUCUUCGUUUCGAUUGAGCUUGACCUCGAGUACGACCUUUCUCUGAAAUCAAGCCACUCGGCACUUGCAGCUGCAAACCUGUUUUUCGUCAUAUACUACUGUGCAGAGCAGAGUAUUAAGCUGUGGGCGCUGGGCUGGCAGAGAUAUGUGUCAUUCAAGGGUAAUCUCUACUGUGGAGGGGUGACUGUACUACUGGUCGUCAUCGAGAUUAUACACCUUUCUUUGUUUGGGUCACCAUUCAAUUAUGCCGCAAAAAUGCCGACAACUACAGAUGCGGACUACAUCUUCUCCCUACCCAACAUGGUGCGCAUCAUCAACAUGCUUAUCAUCUUCAGGCUGCUCAGAGUAGUGCCUAACAUAUCGGCGUUGUCCCUUGUUGCCGAGACUUUGUUGAACCUGGUUCGCAAUCUCAUACCUUUCAUUGGCAUCAUAGCUGCCAUAUACUAUAUAUUUGCCAUAUUUGGGAUGAUGCUAUUUGAAGGAGUGACGAACCCACUUAAGCGAUGUGCACAUACGAACGCAACCUCUGAUCCCUGUACCGAACUGGACUUUGACAAAUUUCAAUAUUUUGCAAACAAUUUCGAUGACUUUGCGGCUGCACUUGUAAAUCUGUGGGAUAUUAUGAUUGUUAACAACUGGCACGUUUUCCUCAAAGCCUACGAGAAGCUAGUCAAUCCAUGGGCGCAGCUCUAUUUCCUGGCCUGGUACCUGGUUUCCGUCAUUAUGAUCAUCAACCUAUUCGUCGCGCUCAUCCUCGAGGCGUUUGUCAGCCAGUGGGAGCAGCAACAAGCGCGUCUUCACAAGCACACACUCCCGGGAUCUUUACAGUCCGAGUCUCAGGAUCUUCGAUUCCACCAGCUGUUUCGUUCAAGUCUGGUCGAGCCCCACGAAGCGGAGCUGAUAGCCGAGCUAAACAGUCAUGAAUAUCUUCGCUUUCACCCGUCAUACGGCACGUUAUGACAAUAGAUCUACGCAUGCGCGGAUGGUAUGCUAUCUUCGACAUCCCACAUGAUUACGACUUGUCGAUAACGGUAGCAACGGGGUGACAUGACGCACACCUUGGGUUUCUUUGGGUUUUCUUUAGGACAAGGGACUAGAAAUGGAAUAUUCGAUGAUAAUAAACCUCAAAUGUUUUAUCUGACCGUUUUUGUUAAGUCACCAUUUUGUACAUCAACCAGCAAGGGUAUUGUGUUUCUUGUGUCUAAUGGUGGACCACAUAAAAAAGACAGACAUUUGUUAUUAGAUGUUUACUUUUUAAUUAUUGCAUGAUCGUGAUCUUUCUGACAGAUGCGAUCUUUGCGACAUGCUACAUUUGGACUGAAUAAAUUUUGAUUUGAAUGCCGAUAUCUUCACAGGGGUGUUUCUAAAAUAGUUUCUAGAAAACAAAAUGAUCGUAAGGUUACCUUUCUGACAGAUGCGAUCUUUGCGACAUUAUGCUACAUUUGGGCUGAAUAAAUUUUGAUUUGAAUGCCCAUAUCUUCACAAGGGUGUUUUUAAAAUAGUUUCUAGAAAACAAAAUUAUCUUAAGGUUAUCUUUCUGACAGAUACGAUCUUUGCGACAUUAUGCUACAUUUGUACUAAAAAAAAAUGAUUUCAAUGCCGAUAUCUUCACAAGGGUUUUUUAAAAUAAUUUCUAGAAGACAGCGUGAAAAUAAGGUCGUUAUGACAUAUAAUGCGACAUUAUGCGAUCCUAAUCUACUGAAUGAAUUUCUAGGAAUCAAAGGGAUCGCAAGGAGAUCUUUAUUGCCAAAAACGAUAUCCUCUGUUUGAAGCAAUUUUCCAACAAACCUCCUGGUUUUUAUGUUAAGUGUUGUACAGUAUGUAUACAUUUUGAUACAGAGAAGUUUUAAAAUACAGUGUUUUAAUUAUUAUAUAUUUUUUGUUAUGAAUUAUAAAACAGAAGAAAUGUAGAAAAGAAUUCACAAACGUAUCUAGAACAAUUUUUUGUAAUAUUGAGGAAACGAUAAUAAUUAUAGUUUAGUUUGUUUUAUGAAACAAAUAUUCUAUAGAAUAGACAUCUUAAACAAGGACCCGCACCAUUAUAAAAGAGCUUAGCUCCGCCUCUUUUCGAAUGAAUAAAAUUCAAACUUCAAGAUGACAACACGCCGUAACAUUUUACUGCAUAUUCCUGCUCUUUUGGUGGGUUAUUCAUUGUUUUAGCCAAGAGAAAAUAAACCGAGCAAACGAGAAGAUAAGCGCUUCAAAAGUUGUGUUUGGGUUUCGCUUCUCGUGGGCAAACAAGACACGCUUGACUGAACCCCGAAGCUCCCCACCGCGUAGCAAUUUACUGACAACUGAGCCUUUCGUGGACCUGGUCCAGGCCCUUUUAUAGUGCGGGUCCUUUUUUAAAUAGAUAGAAAAAUAAACGAAUGACUUUCUAAUAUACACUCGAUGGCGUUCCACAUGAAAGUAAACUGAACAUUUCAAUUUUUAAAAUAAGCCACGUGAUUUUACUUUUUAGUUAUAUCCCUAUCUAAACUUUUUGUUUUUUGUCUGGAAAUCUUUGAGGGUGGGGUCUAAAUAUAUCUCGAACUAUUGGUUUGCAUUGCAAUUUCCAGACAAUUAUCAUCUCGCUGCAAGGAAUCGCCAGGCCCUAUUUUGGGUGUGUCAGAAUACAAAAUGGCGUCAUAAAUAUGACUUAGUAGUCUAAACUAUUAUUUCAAGUUCUGAAUAAAUCUCAGAUAUCAGUCACUAAUCAUCUUGUGUCAUCCAGAUACAUCAGAAUCUACACUCUCAAGGUUUUGUAAAGAAAAAAAAAAGCAAUAAAAACGUUGAUAUUAAAUUA